CUUCUUUCCAUUCCAUAACAGAUAACACAAUCCAAAUAUCCCAAAACCCUUUCACAUAGUUAUAACACUCCUCUAAUGGCAGCCAUGGCCACCACAACCCUCACCCCCUCUCUCUCUUCAAACCUGAAAUCCUCAUCCUUCCAAGGAACACCCCUUUCUUCACGCAUCGCACCCAUCAAAUCCACCAACUCCCAACAUAACUCAACCACAAUCUCCAUGUCCCUAAACUCACCCCCUUACGACCUCCAAUCCUUCAAGUUCCAACCCAUCAAAGAGUCCAUCGUCUCACGCGAAAUGACACGCCGUUACAUGACAGACAUGAUAACCUACGCCGACACAGACGUCGUCAUCGUCGGAGCUGGCUCCGCCGGUCUCUCUUGCGCUUACGAGCUCAGCAAGAACCCUUCUGUCAACAUAGCCAUCAUCGAACAAUCCGUUAGCCCCGGUGGCGGCGCAUGGCUCGGUGGCCAACUCUUCUCCGCCAUGGUGGUUCGCAAACCAGCUCACAGGUUCCUCGACGAGCUCGAGAUCGAGUAUGACGAACAAGAAGACUACGUUGUUAUAAAGCAUGCAGCUUUGUUCACAUCCACAAUCAUGAGCAAGCUUCUUGCGAGGCCUAAUGUGAAGUUGUUCAAUGCUGUGGCUGCUGAGGAUUUGAUUGUGAAGGAAGGGAGGGUUGCUGGUGUUGUGACAAAUUGGGCUUUGGUUUCAAUGAACCAUGACACACAGUCAUGCAUGGAUCCCAAUGUGAUGGAGGCUAAAAUUGUGGUGAGUUCUUGUGGACACGAUGGUCCUUUUGGUGCUACUGGGGUUAAGAGGUUGAGGAGUAUUGGCAUGAUUGAUAGUGUCCCUGGAAUGAAGGCACUUGAUAUGAAUGCUGCUGAGGAUGCUAUUGUUCGUCUUACUAGGGAGAUUGUGCCUGGCAUGAUUGUUACUGGCAUGGAAGUUGCAGAAAUCGAUGGAUCCCCAAGAAUGGGUCCAACAUUUGGGGCAAUGAUGAUAUCAGGACAGAAGGCAGCACAUUUGGCAUUGAAGGCAUUAGGGAAGAACAAUGCUAUUGAUGGAACAUGUGAAGUUGGAAGUGAAGAACCAGAACUUGUUUUGGCUUCUGUUGAUAGUGAGAUUGUUGAUGCUUAAAGUUUAAAAUUAGAUGGCUUUUGUUUUUUGUUUUUUUUAGUUUUUUCUGCUUUUCUUCUGUUUUGCCCCUGUCUAUGAUUUGGAUAUUGAAAUAAAUAAAGAAAAAUGUGAAUGAAUAAGGGGC